CUGUCAUCAGAGCCAUAUCCGAAACCAUGGAGGUAAUGGACGCCUUAAAUCUGGGCGAAUUUGCCCAAUAUUUCUCGAAAAUUCCCACGUUUCCUCUGUUUGAUCUGGCCUAUUACAUCGUCUCCAUACUCUACCUCAAGUAUGAGCCGGGCUCAGUGGAGGUUUCCCGCAGAAGCCCUGUGGCCUCCUGGCUCUGUGCAAUGCUCUACUGCUUUGGGAGCUACAUCCUAGCAGACAUCAUGCUCGGACACAGCCCCAUCGACUAUUUCCAUAAUAACAGCCACAUCAUCCUGGCCUCAGCUGUAUGGUAUCUUAUCUUCUACUGCCCGCUUAAUUUGUUCUACAAAUGUGUCGCAUUCCUGCCCAUUAAGCUCGUGCUAGUAGGUAUGAAGGAAGUAGUCCGUACUCACAAAAUCGCUGCAGGAGUCCACCACGCUCAUCAUGCCUAUCACCAUGGCUAUUUCAUCAUGAUCAUCACUGGUUAUGUCAAGGGAUCUGGAGUAGCUCUCAUGUCAAAUUUUGAGCAACUGUUGCGUGGAGUGUGGAGGCCAGAGACCAAUGAAAUUCUCAACAUGUCAUUCCCAACUAAAGCCAGUCUGUAUGGAGCCAUUCUGUUUACACUGCAGGAGGUGCACUGGCUUCCUGUGUCUAAGAGCACCCUUAUCUGUAUCUUCACUCUUUUCAUGGCUACUUCUAAGGUGGUUAUGACCGCUCGCCACUCUCACGGAUCUCCCUUCACUCUCGUCGAGUCAUGGGUGUCCCACCUGCUCUUCGGAUCUCCACUUGCUGUUGAAGAUGCUCAUAAUCACCACCACACUGCCCCGGCUGCAGCCUCUGCCCCUGCCUCUCCAGCCAAAAGCAAGGAGGAAUUAAGUGAAGGCACUCGCAAGAGAAAAGCCAAGAAAGCAGAGUAGACAUAAAAGUAGACAAAAAAA